AUAAAAUAAUUAUAUUUAGAUGUUGAUUAAUUAUUUUAAACCACAGAGAUAACAAAAUUUAUUGCAUUGUUCGUUAAAAUCAAAAUUGCGCUCAUUGCAAAACACGCAAAUGCGUAACCAUUUUGUAUGAUUGUAGCUACCUAUAGUUUUCAUAUGAGGAACUAACGACAUCUCGCCCAGUUAACAGGAAUUGAAAAAUCGUUAUUGAACGGUGACAUUAAAGGUGUAUGCGCUCGUGUGAUGCAGUAUCUUUAUUUAGUGCGCAAUAAAAUAGGUUGUUCAUGGUUUUGUAAUUUGGAAAAGAAAAUUAAAAAUUUAGCAUACUAAAUUGUCUUUCUUUCUGGUAUACCUGUUGAAAUUUUGUAGCUAUGCAUUUUGGUAGCAUACAUGGAACUAGUACUGCUGUAGCCAGUGGUCUACAAAAUGAGGAUGAUGGAGCUCAGCAAGACAAUUCAAAUUCAUCCUUGCCUAGAAGGCAACCAAGUGAACCCAGGCAAAGCAUGGCAGACAUGCCUGGUACCAGCGGAAACCUGCUGCCACAAUCUAGACCGAUACCAUCACCUUCUGUGCAACCCCCCAGAGCGCCUGGUGAACAAGUAGCCAGGAGGGAUAGGGACAUGUUCUGGUCACUAUUGAACAACCCUCGCAGGUCAUCACUUUUCAGCGUUCAAAGGCCGACGCACACGCCCGCACCCGACCUGAUUGAAAGACCUAACGAGGGGUCCCCUAACGCGGAUAUGCAGCGUAUGCUCGCGUUCAAGAGAUUUUCGCGCAACAACUGGAAUAUGCGUCCCCGAAUGAAGCCCAACAAUACGUUCUAUGCCGUACCCUCGACUCGACCUAAUCAAGGUUCGUCAAUGGGUCACUAUCCUAUGUUUCCGCCAUCAACAUCGCAAUCUACAGGCAACAUGCACCCAAGAUCUAGUCGGUGUUACGGGUUCAAGAGGACCCGUCCGGUCAACGCCUCCAACCAUAAUCCUAGGGUGAAUGCAGACGGCCCAUCGCCUGCAGUCGAUGUCGUCCCGUCCUCCAGCGGCAUGGCGCCAACUGAUCUCAUUCCAGCCACCGCCACUAAUGACGCACCACUCAAUCAAAAUAUAUCCGCCGACAAUAAUAUCGACAUAAGCAAUUCUGAUGAAGAUAUUGAAAUGUCUUGCCCAUCUACUUCCGAGACGACAGUCAAUAACGAUAUUAACGCAGAGCAAGAUAAUGCGGAACACGUUGAAGGGGUUGCUCAAAACACCUCAGAUGGUGGAAUUUCCCUGGAGGAGGAAAUAGUGGAAAUUGAUGCUCCAGAGGUCCCAAAUGCCAAUGAAGUGCCUGACAUUGAUGUAGAGGCCAUAUCUAACAACGACGACGAGACCAAAGAAGUGCUGAGCAUACUCCGAGAUAUUCACCAGGACAAUAUCACUGAACAAUCUGGUCAAGCUCACAGUAUUAAAAGGAAGAGGGAGGGUUCUGCUGAUAUCAAUACACCGUACUCGGUAAAAGAAUUUAAUCAAAGCCUGCUGCGGCUGCUGGAGUGUCCCGUGUGCCUGGAGUGGAUGGAGCCACCCAUCUCGCAGUGCCGCCGCGGACACCUGGUGUGCAGCCGCUGCCGAGCGCGCCUCGCCUCCUGUCCCGUCUGCCGCACCAUGUUCUCAUCCGUCAGGAACCGCGCCAUGGAGGGGGUGGCGGAGAUGCUGCGCUACCCGUGCCGACACGGCUGCGGGCGCGAGGUGCGCCUGCGCCGACGCGCGCCGCACGAGGCGAGCUGCUCGGCGCGCAAGUACCACUGCCCCGCGCCCGCCUGCACGCAUCGACACCCGCUGCCGCGCGACCAACUCGCCACGCACUUCCAGAGUAAGCACCUUUCAAUGUUGAAGAUCGGCGCCUUACACAAGUUUACGAUGAAAGUGAAUUCAGAGCAGCAUGAUAACUGGCUGAUCAUGACGCUGGACGAGUUCUUCCAUCUACGCGUGGACAUAGACAUCCGCACCUGGGGAGUCAUCGUGUACGUCGCCUACAUCGGUCCCAAAUGUAAUGCCUCCAAUUAUGUUUAUGAGGUGACUGUGGAUGGACACCAAAACGCGCGCAAACUUACAUAUACCCGUGUGACGCAUAGCGAUCUUGAGAGCUCUACCAUGAGCAUGGGCCGUCAGGACUGCUUCCACUUGUCUCUUGACCAGGCUGUGAACUUCCUGCGCUUUACCAGCAGGAACUGCGAUUCGGACAAGUUUUUGGACUUCAAUGUGGAGGUUAAGAAAUGCGUUCAACCUGUGGACACAAAGGAUGAUGUGGAUUCCUGAUUGCAGUUUAUCACGAAUCUGGUAAGGCAUCGACUAGCCAAAGCGAUGCAUGUGGCGCGGCACAAGAGCAACAAGAGGCUUUGGAGCACUCUGAUGAGCGAGGUGGAGCUGUGAGGUGAUUGCAGCGUGUUCGGGCACGUGACAAACCAUCUGUGCUCCAGUUUAUUUCUUCUUUAACUAAGGUUGCCUUUUCUAAUCGGUUGAGUUAUUAACGGUCUUGAUUGAUGAAUUUCUUAGCAAGCACAUUGAAAUGCAGCGGGCGAACAAUAAUGGCGGCGAAUGUUUUAGAUAUCUCUGUCUGGGUGUUCAUUUCUGUGUCGUAAAAUACAUAAUAUAAAGCGAGUAAUUGACGAUAUAUGUAAAGUGUUACACGAGUAUCUAUAUUGAUCUAAAUGUUAGCAGUGCCUAUCUUUCGAAUUAAGGCGUACUUUUGUCGUAGAUUCAUUGAUCAUAAAUUUCCAUUGACAAUAGAAUUUUUCCAUUAAUUAUGAUUUAUCGAUAUUUAUCUGUAAAUGUAGAUAAAUAAAAUUAAAGGUGCCACAUGGCAACUUUUACAUGAAACCACAUUUUAAUAAAAACGGGUGGAGUGUAUUAUUUAGUAGGCGCAAAUAACGGGUUGUAUUCGGAUGCACUUUAAAAUAAUUCGGCGAAUAUGAACAUUGUGGAUUAUGCAGGAGAAGUGCGUGAGUGGUUGGCCAUAGCUGCCUGAAAUAUGACGUUUAAUACGUAUAUUCUUAAGUGUCUAUAAUGUUUUCUAUUACAAAAGGAACAUCAUGAUGAAGUAAAUGUUAGGAUUCACGUUCAUGUGCAUUUCCCCGACACUAAAACAUUAAAAUGCAUGUUGUCUAUGUUAGAAGAUAAAUAUUACGACAGUUAAGCAAAGCGAUUGGAAAUUGAUCACCAUUGACAAUUAAAAUAAGUGUAUGGUAUAUUAGCACACCCUGUUCAAAACUGUCUUGCUUAAAUUUUUGAUAUAGUUUUUAUAAAUUUAUUACAUCAAAGCUAAGCUUUCCUUAUUUGUGUUUAUUUUUAUAGUGUCUGAUGCAAAUUCUGUCUUAUUUAUUGAAGUCGGGGUGAUGAAUUUUCAUCGUGGAAAUAGAAUACGAUAGGAAAUGUAGCUCAUUAAUGAUUGUCGAGUCAUCAGUGUUAUACUACAAUUCGUAGUUUAGAAUAUUUUACGGUCAAUAAAUAUAGUGAAAAUUUGUCAAUAAUAUAAUUAAUUAUAUUAAACGUAAUUAAAUGUACGGGCGUUUCAUGAAUUGUUUGUGUUUUAAAAUCUGUAGAAUUCGCAAUGUGUGUGUUGAACCUAUCAUGCCAGCCGCUGUGUAGGACACUUAUCUUUCAUCAGGCCAUAUAAAUGUGCUAAUGUUUAAAAUUAAAUACAUCUUGAUCGUUAGAAUUAGGUGACUGUUAGAAGUAAGGAAUGAAACUUUAUGGUGCGAAUUUGCCCGUGAAUUUCACGAGUUUCCGAGGUGCGACUUAUAAAAUGAACUGAUCUCAUUAUAUUCAUGCUAUAUUGUUUAACAUUUUAUAAAGAAGACGCGUGAACGCACCAUAAAAUGUGAUAGCUGAAUAAUUAAGAUGUCGAAAUUUCUCUUACAUUUUGGAAGACUUAUAUUUAUGUCUACUGUAUGUUUACUGUGUCAAAUAAAACCAAUUGUGAGUAA